GCUCAGACCGCAGAAAAGAAAACUCUUCGUAAGGUGGUUACGCGUUUUCUUUUGAGAUUUUCUUGCCUAUGAAUCAAAUCCUGCAAACAGUAGGUAUCCGGACGAAAAUAAAUACAUCUAAUUGAAGUUUAUCCGAGAACUGUGAGGUGAGGUGAGUUGGACAAAAUCAGGCUUUCAGGAUAGUACGGACCUAUCGAUAGCAAUACAGCCUGCGAGAAGAAAACUAGAAUGAUCCCCAACAGAGGAAAUGCAGCGACAUUCCUGAUGAAGGUAGGAACCGUGCUCCUGUUGCUGGUGCUGAGCUUUGGAGUGCGAAAGAGUAUCCAGCAGCAGUACGAUGCGAACGACUACAUGAAGCGAGAGCACUCCCUCUUCAAACCCUACCAGGGUUCAGGGAUGACCAUUCCGUACUGGGACUUUAUUGGAUCGACAUUUGUGACAAACAGCUAUAUCCGCGUAACGCCGGAUCUGCAGUCCAAGAGUGGAGCAAUCUGGAAUCAAAUGCCUUGCACUUCCAUUAACUGGGAAGUGCAUGUGAAUUUCAAAGUUCACGGUAAAGGUAAGGAUCUGUUUGGUGACGGUUUCGCUGUUUGGUAUGCGAAGGAUCGAUUGCAUACAGGACCAGUAUUUGGUAGUCGUGACAACUUCCAGGGAUUGGCUAUUAUUCUGGAUACCUACAGCAAUCACAAUGGGCCACAUAAUCAUCAACAUCCGUACAUCAGUGCGAUGGUAAAUAACGGAAGUCUAUCGUACGAUCACGAUCGAGAUGGGACGCACACACAACUGGCUGGCUGUGAAGCUAAGUUCCGAAAUGUUGAUUACGAUACACUUAUUAGUAUCCGAUAUGAGAAUGACGUUCUAACUGUGUCUACAGAUUUAGAAAACAAAAAUACAUGGAAGCAGUGUUUCCAGGUGACCGGUGUUAAAUUACCCACCGGUUAUUAUUUCGGAAUGUCCGCCUCAACGGGUGACUUGUCGGACAACCAUGAUCUGUUGGCAAUUAAGUUCUAUGAACUGGAAGCGCCUGCCCUACUAGCGGAAGAUCGUAGCCGAAUUGUGCCCUCUGCGGAAACUUUCGAUGCUCCCCGGGAUCACAAGGAUGAUCCUAAGCAGGGCGGUAUGUCCAACGUAAAAAUCUUCUUCCUCAUUCUACUGGUGAUGCUGAUCGUGGUGGUUCUGGUCGUGAUUGGGAUCAUGUUCUACCAGAAGCAUCAGGAAAAUGCCCGAAAACGGUUCUACUGAGAAAGAUUACAUCGAUUCACAGCACAGAGUCCCCAAGGAAACAGCUUUAAAAUACCAAAAUUUCUAAUGGUUUGUGCGCAAUGGCCGCAUCUGGCCACGAUGGUUUAUUUCGUUUGGAGAUGAUGGAAAAUUCACAAAUUGGAUAGAGGUUAGCUACGUAAUAGUUAAGUUAGGAACAUAGUGACAAAAUCGAAUGCAUUUUUUACUAGACAAACUAUAGCUAUAAAAGCUGACAAUUACGAGGAUGAUUUCAAGCUGUCUGUGCUGCUGUACAGAGAAGUCAACAUCACUCUCUAGACCUAUACCUAACCUAGCUAAAUCAUGUCGAACCUAGUCUGAGUGUAAUCGGAAAUAGAAUGCGCGAGAAAUGUCGAACGGUUAAAACAAAUUGUAAUUAAUGUGUGUGGUGGUAUCAUGUUGCAACGGUGAUUUAGGUUCUAAUUACUAACAUACGGUCUGAGAUGUUUUCUUCCCUUUAAAAAAUCAUUAUUUGUGAUACUGUUUGUGGUGAUAACGCCCAAGUUCACGCAGUUCACCUGCCAUGGAAGGGUAAAAAGCACAUUAUAAUACGUUAAAUAGAACAUCAGUUCAUCCUCUAAAUAAUUUUCUCUAGUAAUAUGUCUGAACGCUAUGAAAAUAUCAAUAAAUUAAGUGCAGUCAGGAAGGAUUUUCAUUCAUCUUUUGUUUCGCGGUGAUGUUAGAAUAUUAAAACUAAGGAAAUUGAGAGAA